AUGGAAAAGCUUGGGCUGUCAGGGAAGCUGCCCUCUUUCGGAAGAGCUAGCCAUAAUGCGGCUCCAAACAUGUCUGGGGUUGAUCUGACGCCACGCCAAUUAGCCGUUGCAAACUGUCCCAACAAUGCAUAUGCUCUGGCUAAUGUGGCCGCUGUAUCGGCUUCGGACUUUCCCGAUAACGUCUACGUGCUGGUGGAUAACUUGUUUGUGUUCACUACUAAGCACUCUAGCGAAAUAGCACCUGGUGUGAUCGGAUUCAAUGGCAAUCAGAGAACUUGGGGUGGCUGGUCUUUGAACCAGUCGGUGCAAGUAAAGGCGUUCGACCUUUUUAAGUACAGUGGCAAUCAGUCGUACCUGGGCACUUUGGACUUGGAAAUUAGUUUUAGGUCAAGAGGAAAGGCCGUGGAGAACCCUUUUGAACAGGACGAUCUCGCCAAGCAAUUCUUGAAGAACUUCGAAUCGCAGAUCUUCUCCCCUACGCAGUGUUUGAUCUUUGAAUACAAGGGUCACAUAUUUGACCUGAAGGUAAAAGGUGUGCAAACUAUUGAUUUGGGAGAUGCCGAAAUUGUCACCCCAGUGUCAACUAACAUCCAAAGCAAAGGCAUACUAAUCAAGCAGACUCAAAUUAACUAUUUCAAGGGGAGAGACGGUCUUGUAAAUUUGAAAUCUGGAAAUUCCUUGAGACCAAGAUCUGAUGCAGUUAUAAGACCAGAUUUCAAGUUCGAAGACUUAGGAGUUGGUGGUCUAGAUAAAGAAUUUACCAAGAUUUUCAGAAGAGCGUUUGCUAGUAGAAUUUUUCCACCUGCUGUAAUUGAGAAACUUGGUAUUUCUCACGUCAAAGGGUUGCUGCUUCACGGCCCUCCAGGUACUGGUAAAACUUUAAUUGCGAGAAAAAUCGGAACAAUGCUCAAUGCAAGAGAGCCAAAAAUCGUGAAUGGUCCUGAAAUUCUCAGUAAAUAUGUUGGGUCUUCAGAAGAAAACAUCCGUAAUCUUUUCAAGGAUGCAGAGACCGAGUACAAAGCGAAAGGUGACGAGUCCUCUUUACACAUUAUUAUUUUUGAUGAAUUAGACUCAGUCUUUAAGCAGAGAGGUUCGCGAGGUGAUGGAACAGGUGUCGGAGACAAUGUGGUCAAUCAAUUGUUGGCUAAAAUGGAUGGUGUCGACCAGUUAAACAAUAUCCUGGUCAUUGGUAUGACUAAUCGUAAGGAUUUGAUCGAUUCAGCGCUGCUCCGUCCUGGACGUUUUGAAGUUCAGGUAGAGAUUCAGUUACCAGACGAGCAGGGUAGACUUCAAAUCUUCGAAAUCCAAACCAAAAAAAUGCGAGAAAACAAAAUGAUGGAUUCUGACGUCGACCUAAAGAAGCUUGCAGCUUUAACCAAGAAUUUCUCUGGUGCUGAGAUCGAGGGUCUAGUAAAGAGUGCCAGUUCUUUUGCAAUCAACAAGACCGUGAAUAUUGGAAAGGGUACUACGAAACUCAACCCUAAAGAUAUCGCUUCUAUGAAAGUCACUAUGCAAGAAUUCUUAAGCGCUCUGGAUGAUGUGAUACCUGCUUUUGGUAUCAACGAGGAGGAUCUCAAGACCUGUGUUGAGGGCGGUGUCAUUCGGUACUCCCCUCGUAUCGAGGAUAUCUUAAAAAACGGAGAGAGAUAUGUGCGUCAAGUUCGAGACAGUGACAAAUCGAGGUUAGUGUCACUGUUGAUUCACGGCCCGGCUGGUUCCGGUAAAACGGCCUUAUCCGCAGCCAUCGCACUGAAGUCAGACUUUCCUUUCAUCAGAUUAAUAUCUGCCGACGAAAUGGCUGGUAUGUCUGAAAGCGCGAAGAUUGCCUACAUUGAUAAUACUUUUCGGGAUGCCUACAAAUCAUCAUUGAAUAUCCUAGUGGUAGAUUCGCUGGAGACUUUGGUCGAUUGGGUGCCUAUAGGGCCAAGGUUCUCAAACAAUAUUCUGCAAACUUUGAAAGUAUACUUGAAGCGCAAGCCACCCCAAGGCCGUAGGCUAUUGCUCAUUUCGACCACAUCUGCCUAUUCCGUGCUACAACAGAUGGAUGUUUUGAGCUGUUUCGAUAAUGAAAUCGCUGUUCCGAACAUCACAAAUUUGGACGAGUUCAAUAACGUCAUGAUAGAGUCAGAUUUCCUAGACGAUGCUGGUAGAGUGAAAGUACUCAAUGAGUUCUCGAGGUUGAAUCUACAGUUCAACGUGGGCAUCAAAAGAGCUCUGACAAACAUUGAAACGGCCCGCUUCGACGAAAACCCAGAGAGCGAGAUUGUCGAGCUUAUGGCCCAGUCCGUUUGA